GUUUAUCCCGGGCAACUGACUUUUCUCUUCCUUCCUUUCUUUCUUUCUUUCUUUUCUUUUUUUCUCCCCUGCGUUCUUUCUUACCUACGGUGCCGUUCCUUUAUUUUAUCCCCACACCCAGAAAACCGGGUGUACGGUACUGCGCGCCUUUGUAUCGUGGUGCUUUGGUUUGGGCAGCGGUGCUUUUUUCCUUACUACUAUGGUAUCAUAGCUACUUAGAUUACUGGCUCCCCUUUCAACUGUUUGUUAUCUCCACCCUUGUCGUCAUUAUCGUCGUGUCGCGAACCGUGAAGCACCACACAGUCGACACCGUCGUCAUCCUCAUCCCCGCAACCCAACCCUUCGAGCGACAAACAAACAGCUCCCCUACAACAUCCUUCAGACACUCGCCCCGCUUCCACGCUCGUCCCUAGCAAUGGACGGUUCACCUCCGGCGAAUGCCACAGCCCCUCGCCGUCAAUCACCCUUGCCUUCUAUCCGUCUGCCCGUUCCCGGUGCCCCAUCGUCCAGUCUCGCCGUCUACAAGGCUCGCUUCAAAGCCGCCUUUGUCGGUGCUGACCCACGGAUCUGUGCUGCUUUUUGGCUAUUUGGCCUCAUCAACAAUGUCCUCUAUGUGAUCAUUUUGUCCGCAGCCCUCGAUCUCGUUGGCCCAACCCUGCCAAAGGCUAUAGUGCUCCUUGCCGAUGUCGUCCCCUCUUUCUUGACAAAGCUUAUAGCUCCGUACUUUGUUCACCUCAUCCCUUACCGCAUGAGGAUUCUGAUAUUAGUGGCCUUAUCCUUCACCGGCAUGCAGCUAGUGGCCUGGCCCGACUCCCUGCCAGUGCGUUUAUUCGGAGUGGUGCUGGCCUCCGUAUCCUCGGGUUUGGGUGAGUUGUCGUUCUUGAGUAUGACCCACUACUACGGAGCCUUUGCUGUGCCCUUCUGGUCGUCAGGAACCGGGGGAGCGGGGCUUAUCGGGGCCGGACUUUAUGUGUUCGCUACGAGUUGGAUCGGCUUCAGCGUUGGAGGGAGUUUGAUGGUGUUUGGGCUUUUGCCAACUAUAAUGCUUAUCGCCUUUUUCGGGAUCCUACCUUUGGCUCCUUUACGGGGAGGGAAUGGUUAUGAACCGCUGAGAGACGGCGAUGAGAUCAUCGAUCCAGACCUUGAAGGCGAUGGUGCAACCAGUGGAUUGUUAGCGUCUUCGGGAUGCCCUGCGAGUGGACACACGUUCCCUGCAGUCAACGUCAGCUAUUCAGCUGGUGAAAAGACAUUCGCCGGUCAAGUUGAUGUUGCAUGGAGGGGCUUUCGGGCAAACUUUAGAAGGACGCGGCGUUUGUUUCUUCCCUAUAUGCUUCCCUUACUCCUGGUCUACAUUGCCGAAUAUACCAUCAAUCUUGGCGUUGCCCCAACGCUUCUAUUCCCACUAGCCUCCAUGCCCUUCAAGAAUUACCGCGAUGCAUAUCCCAUGUACAACACAAUCUACCAGACCGGAGUCUUCAUUUCACGCUCCUCAACCCCCUUCUUCCGCGUCCACGGACUCUACCUACCGGCCCUGCUCCAAGUGGCCAACCUGGUUCUCCUGGUGCUUCAUUCCCAGUACAACUUUCUUCCAAGCAUUUGGAUAGUCUUCAUCGUCGUAUUCUGGGAAGGACUGCUUGGCGGACUAGUCUAUGUGAACACCUUUGCCGAGAUAACCGACAAUACACCCGAGGACGAGCGCGAGUUCUCGCUAGGUGCCACCACAGUGAGUGAUUCAGGUGGUAUUUGUGUUGCCGGUUUCAUUAGUUUGUGGCUGGAAAUGUAUCUUUGCCGAUGGCAGGUGGACAGAGGAAGGGAUUACUGCCGACAGACUUAAUCAUUUCCUCCCUCUAACCCUCCCUCCCUCCUCCUUUCCCUUUCCCUCCCUUUUCUUAUCCCGCUUACCGUAUUUGUUUCUGCACUGGGCUGGAGUUUGUCGAAGAUGGGGGUUUUCCUUUUGUCAUGAAAGGUGUUUGGUGGUUGCCUGCCUGUUCUCUUGUACCGUUAUUACAAGCGCAUGAUAUACAUAUACCACAGUUAGAAUAUCAGUCCUAUUAUACCCUA